CCUUAUAAAUCUCAGCCUCUUUUGCCCUUUCCUUCACUUGCCCAUCACGUUUUUUGUAAUCAAACCACUCUCACACUUGGUGAAAAAUGGUGAAGAAAUCGGAGAAGACGGCGGCGGAAUCGUUUCCUGUGGCGGCGCCGUCGUGUAAAAAGAAGUAUAAGGGUGUUAGAAUGAGGAGUUGGGGGUCGUGGGUAUCGGAGAUUCGAGCGCCGAAUCAAAAGACGAGGAUUUGGUUAGGGUCUUAUUCGACGGCGGAAGCUGCGGCGCGUGCUUACGACGCGGCGCUUUUAUGUCUCAAAGGUGCUUCUGCUAGCCUUAACUUCCCGGAAAUUGCUAACUCUAUUCCGAUUUCCGAUCACUGCCACUUCCGCCGCUUACACCACCAUAUUGAUUCCUCCGAUGCCGACAUUAUGUCUCCUAAGUCCAUCCAGCGUGUCGCUGCCGCUGCCGCUAAUGGCUUCCGGGAAAAUGUCUCCUCCGCCGUUGUCACUUCCCCACCAUCCCCCGCCGUCUCGUCCCCGUCUCACUCCUCCGAUCUUCCGGACGAUGAAGCGUCGGUCACUGUGUCGUCCGAUGGUGUCUACGAUCAAAUCGAUCCGUCGACGGCGGAGAUGGAUUCAUGGUGCAAUUACUUUGAUACCCUUCAGUCGCCGAAAUUCAUUGACCAAAUGCUCACCGAAGCUUGGUUCGAUUUCGGUUCGAUUCCGGCGGCCGAAAUUCCCGAUUUUUACGAGGAAGAAACCGACAUCAGAUUGUGGAGCUUCUGCUGAAGAAA